AUGACGACGACGACGCUCGCGCUCGGGCUCGGCCACGUCCUCGCGCUCGGUCGAGGCGACCGGGCGUGGGCGUUCGAGCGACCGCGGGCGGGGUACGCGCGGUACGUCGACGCGAUCGAUGGGUACCGCGUCGAUCGACCGAGCGAUUGGAUCGAGGUCAAGGGGAGCGGGAACGAUGUGUUUUUUCGAGACCCGAGAGAGGUGGAGACGAACGCGUUCGUGGAGGUGAGCUCGCCGACGAGCAGUGGGUACGGGUCGGUGAGAGACUUGGGGACGCCGGAGGAGGCGGCGGAGAAGGUGCUGGAUCGGUAUCUGGGGGAGUUGAUGUCGACGCGUUUGGGCGUGCGCCGGGAGAAGGAAGUCGUGCGGGCGAGAGAGGUUACGGGGAAGGAUGGGAAGGCGUAUUACGACGUCGAGGUGAGGAUUUCGAGCUAUAGCGCGCGAAAUCAGUACGGUUUAACGGCGGAGGAUCGGCCGCAGUCGUUGGAGUGGGAUCGGACGUUACGGGCGGCGCUCGGGACGGAGAACGGGAAGCUGUACGAAUUGCGCUUGCAAUCGCCGACGGAAUCGUACGCGAGGAACACGGAGCGAUUCGACGAGAUGGUGGACUCGUUCCGAGUGUUCGAGGCGGAUACGCCGAGCGUCCGCUCUGGGUUCGGGUUGUGA